CUCGGGACACGUGAGGAGCGCCAAGCAGACGAGCGCCGCCGGUGGCGCAGGCCAUGUGAGCGUCGGACGCCGGGCGCGCGCAUGUGGCGCUCCCGGGGAGUAUGUGCGCCUGGCCACGGCUCCUACUCGCCGCGCUGGCCGCCCUGCAGCGAACGACGAGCGCUGUGCGGCCGGAGGAGCAGGAGUCGGAGGAGGAGGAGCCGUGGGCCCCCGUGAGCGCCGUGCUCGUGCGCUGGAGUCCGCCCGCCGUGCUCGUACGCUGGCGGUACCGCUACCCCGCUGCUGCUGACGCCGCCGACCAACAGGGGGAGAAGGACGCGCUGCACUUCCGCGUCUUCUACCAGGAAGUCCACGACAAGUCGUCGGGCCGCGUGGCGGUGGCCUCUGGCGAGCAGCGCAGCGUGCUGCUGGAGCGACUCCAACCGGAGGCGGAGUACCUGGUGCGCGUCUUCGCCCGGGCCUCGCCUAGCCUCGCCACGCGAGCCAACCGCACCACAGACGCGCCCGUCGGCCUGGUGCGCUUCGUGGCGCCCGGAACUGCGGCCACCGCCACAGCAUCAACAGCAGCAGCAGCAGCCGCCAAUGGCAGCAGCCCCAGCAGCAGCAGCAACAACAGCAGUAGCAGCGGCGCGACGGCGACGGCGGGGACCGGAGGCCCGUACUAUCGCAGCGGUGUGGUGGCGUCUCGGACCGUGGUUGUCCGCGACGAGGAGAUCGUGAUUGUGGUGCUCGUGCUGAGCGUGUGGCUGGCCGUCAUCCUGCUGUUCUUCAACAAGUGGGGCAAGAUCCGCAUGUUGGAGCCCUACCAGCCACAGUACCACGAACAACUAGAGCCGGACUCGCCACCCGUGCUGCAGGUGAAGAGCGUAGUGCUGGAGCGCGAGCUGCGCCGCCUGUCGUCCAACGCGAACGGUAGCAGGGCGGCCGCGCUGCACCGGCUCCAUCGGCUGCGUCACAACUCGGUGUUCGUGGGCAGCCAGAUCCUGGUGCCGCUCUCCCGGCGUGCCAAGAGUGCCGAGGACAUCAAGUCCAUGGUGCUGCAGAUCGAGCACCAGCCCAGCACGCAGUCCACCGCACUAUGAGACUCCGAGGGCCUACGCUCCUGCCGUAGGCCGCCGCCACACUGCUGCGACUCCGCCCUGUUUCCCGGGGGGCGAUUCGAUCGCUGUUGACAGGGGGGAGCACCGGUUCCUCAAGGGCAUGAUGCCUGCUGUUGUUCGGUGGUGUUUUGCGUGCACCAAGAGUUCCGGAAAGUCCCUGCUGGUCGGGUGGGGCUGCGUUUGUUCGUCGCCGAGCGCACCGGGCUUCGUUCCGACGAAUCCGAUUAGGAGAUGUGUGCGAUUCACACCGUGCACGACAGUUGCGUUAUAAGAGCGGUGAAACAGUGCAAUGCUGCACAUAAUCUGGGCUAGUACCUUUGUAUGACGUUUGAAGGCACUCGCGCUGAACAUCAAAAGCAAUCAUACGCUCUCGCAUACCCCUCCGAUGAGCGAGAGCAAGUAGCUAAGCUAUACCAGUUGCAAGUGCCGCGGUCAGAGAAACAACCCCAGGCACGUAAAAGUGUGUAUCGUUUUAACUCCACCGAAAAGGCUAGCUUGUCAACGGGAUGAGGAGUUGGUUCGCGGAUGCCAAUUCAAGGCCAAUGCUCGCAGUAUAUCGUCACGUGCAAGACUGCUGGACAGACGGAAUGGUGCCUGAUCAAGAAGGAUGCAGGAAGACGUAGUAUCAAGCAGGCUAUAGUAUAGUGUACAGCAACACAUCAUUUGCGAACGCUUCAUUUGCAGUGUUAUUGUAAAGACAUCAGUAUCUCGGUGCAAGUACACUGAAGCCUAAACGUCGCCGCUUUUCGCGUUUAUGGAACAACCAGGGGAAGUACUACGUCCACUUCGUCUGCUGCUGAGGUGUUGAUUGCCUAUGGCGGCUGGUGGCUGCGGACGUGCGGCGCAGCCCAGUAAAUCAGAACUUCAACAGCAGACGAAAUGGACAUGUCCACUAGGCGGACUCUUAUACAGAAUACCUCCCCAGACUGUCUCUGUCGUGAGCGACACUGCGGUAGUUAGGCAAUGACUAUUGCCUUUUCGUUGGCCUAAUGUUGUCGCACUAUGCGUAUUCCGGUGUCGUUCUCAGGCUGCGAAUACGUGUAGCAAGUUUUGAUAGCUGAAUCAAAGCCUUUGUAGGAAACGCCAGCCCCACGUGAUAUAUAUGUGCUAAACGCGUCUCUGAGGCCACUAGCUAAGCUGUCCUCGCGCCCUUUGGCGGUAGCUGGCCAGACAUGCGUUUCCGGCACCGUAAAGAAGCUUUGAUUCCUGCAGCAGAAAGCAUUCUACAUCAGUAACUUUCACUGCUACCAAAUUUAUCAUGAAGUGCAGUAAGUUUUCUGUUUUUCAAGGCAUUCUUCCAAGUCCGAAGAUACGGCAAAUCCAGAAAUUAAGGCAACACCCUA